AUGGAGAUAGUUAAGGACCUCAAAAAGGCCCUGGAUACGGAGAGAGAGGAAAUUAAGAUCGAGAGGGAGGAAAUCAGGAAGGAGAGUAAGGAGAUGAAGAAAGAGGCGGAAGCGCUGAAGAGGGAGGCUGGGACUCUCAGCCUCCAAAUUAAAGGUAUGGAGGCCCUCAAGCAGGUUGACCGGACUCUGAAGGAGGUGGCAGCGGCACCCAUGAGCUACGCGCAGGCGGCUGGGGAGGCGGCGGCUCCAGGCGGCGAGGACCCAUUCCGCAAGGAUUGGGACAGGAUCGUCGCAGCCGCGAACACGCUGGAAACCUCGGAAAACGCGGAGAUGGGGGCAUUAUGCAGGGCCAUAAUGUCAGCCCAAGAAGCCGGCAUGGGCAAGGCUAUCGACGGCAGUAGGGUCCCGAAACCUAUGGUCACGCGGGAGCUCAGAGUGGAGGGCAGCCAGAGCUACGACCAUUUUAGAGCAGUGGAGAUCAGAGGGUGGCCGGCAGAUAGCUUCAGGGGCACGGAGAUAGUGGAGGUAAACCCAGUCACCAGCACGAGCGAGGAGGUAGGCCUUAUCAUCCCCUGCGGGAUGGAGGAUAUGGCUGAGGGGAUCCUUGCAGUGGCCAGAGAUCGGUUCCCGGAUCUGGCCAACAACAUGGAGGGGGAACAGAUCCUGGAAACGUACACAAAGAUGGGUUCCAUUAAGAGGACAAAGAAGAUCCUAGUGGCGAGGCCCAACGCGGAAGACCCUGCCGAGGCCAUGUUCCAGGGAAUGGUCGAGCUGGGGGAGAUUGCCAAGGCUAUUGGUGCAGAAAUGCUGUCCUUAGCGGCCCCGGCUGUUACGGCAGUGACGGCGAGAAAAAUGGCGGCCUGCGUCCUGGUUGCUAAACUGGAAAUACUAGCCAGGGUCUGCGUCCCAAAGCGGCAACUCAGGCAGGCAGGAAUCACUCGUCCCCCACUGGCGCGGCAAACCAGCAUUAAGCCUAAAAAAAUACAUCGUCAUGAAGCCGUUCUGAUUAAGGGGUCUAAACGGGAGGAGUACCCGGCACUCCUGGCCAGCGCGAGGAAGGCGUUAAAGGGGCAUGACCUUAGGGUGGCAGAUGUCCAUCAGACAAGGGACGGGCAUCUGCUAAUUAGCCUAAGCGAGGGCAGCGCCAAGGACGUCGCCAAAAUAAUUACGGAGGGCAAUGUCGGGGAGAAAGUUGAAGCCCUCAUGAGCGAGAGGAGGACCACUCUGAUGAUGUCGAACAUCGAGGCUGCCCUGGGUGAAGCGGAUAUCAGGGCUGCCAUCGUCGAGCAAACCGGGGCAGCUGCCGAAGACAUUGAGGUUAGGGACCUGCGAGGAGGCUUUAAGGGCAAGCAGACGGCGACGGUUUUGGCUCCCGCGGAGAUCAGCGCGACGAUCUUAGCUCACAGGGGCAUCAUCAUGGGGCUGACCCCAGCCAGCGCCAGGCCCAGGGUCAACAUCGAGAAGUGCCACAAGUGCUGGAAGCCCGGGCAGGUGCGCCGGGACGGAUCGGUCAAAGUGUUGCCUCAAGUGCGGCAAAACAGGGCACACGGUCGUUAAAUGCACGGAGGAGCCCUACUGCCCCCUGUGCGAGCAGCCGCACCGGGCCUGGUCCGGCAAGUGCGGCCGAAUGAGGACACUCCUCGCGUCGGUCACUAGAAGCAGAGGAAGCAAGGAUGGCGGCGGAAGACCUGCGGAGCAUCCCCAAUGGAC